AAAUACUACCCGCCAGAUUUCGAUCCAUCCAAGAUCCCUAAGCUUAAACUUCCAAAGGACAGGCAAUAUGUGGUCCGGCUGAUGGCUCCCUUUAACAUGCGAUGCAAAACGUGUGGCGAAUACAUUUACAAGGGCAAAAAAUUUAACGCCCGGAAAGAGACGGUCCAGAAUGAAUGUUAUUUGGGACUUCCCAUCUUCCGGUUUUACAUCAAAUGCACCCGCUGCCUGGCAGAAAUCACGUUCAAGACAGACCCUGAAAACACCGAUUACGCCAUGGAGCACGGCGCCACGCGCAACUUCCAGGCUGAGAAGUUGCUGGAGGAAGAGGAGAAGCGUUUGCAGAAAGAGAGAGAAGACGAAGAGCUGAAUAAUCCCAUGAAGGUUUUGGAGAACAGAACCAAGGAUUCCAAACUAGAGAUGGAAGUUUUGGAAAACUUGCAGGAGCUGAAAGAGCUCAACCAGCGCCAGGCCAACGUGGAUUUUGAAUCCAUGUUGCGGCAGUACAAAGAUUUUGAGGAGCAGCAGAAGCAGCGGGAAUUGGAGGAAGACGAGCAGGAAAUGAAAUCCAUGCUGGAGCAAGCCCAAAGCCGGAAAAUGCUGGAAGACUCCGAUUCGGAAGAGGACCUCCCUCCAGCUCGGCCAAAACCACUUGCCAAGGGGAAACCCACCGACAUCCUGCAACUG